AUGCCCAUCACCAGCAACAGCACAACGAACCCCUACUCGAGCGUCAGCGAUCUCUUGAGCAAUGUCCGCAACUUCAAGAUUAUUGAAUGCAAGGAGGGCGAGCAGUUUGCCAAUGCCUACUUCUCGACCGAGACCAAGAUCAAGAUUGCGACUAUGCUAUCAGAUUUCGGAGUUGAUUACAUUGAACUCACGAAUCCGGCUGCUAGCCCGCAAUCCCGCGACGACUGCGAGGCUAUCUGCAAGCUCGGCCUUAAGUCCAAGAUUCUAACCCACACAAGAUGCACACUAGAGGACGCCAAGCUUGCGUGCGACUGCGGAGUUGACGGUGUCGAUGUCGUAAUUGGAACGAGCCAAUUUCUCCGCGAGCAUUCCCUUGGCGGCAAGGACAUGACAUCAAUCACCAAGCAGGCUAUCGAGGUUAUCGAGUACAUCAAGAGCCGAGGCUGCGAGGUUCGCUUCUCGAGUGAAGACUCUUUCCGGUCUGAUCUGGUUGAUUUGCUCUCCAUUUAUCGCGCGGUCAACAACGUUGGAGUAGGCAGAGUCGGUGUUGCCGACACCGUGGGCUGUGCUUCCCCCAGACAGGUUUACGACCUCGUGAGAACUCUUCGCGGCUGCGUCUCGACCGAUAUUGAAGUUCACUUCCACGACGACACGGGCUGCGCUGUGGCCAACUCGUUUACCGCUCUCGAGGCUGGUGCCACGCACGUUGACACAUCGGUGCUUGGAAUCGGCGAGCGAAACGGCAUUUGCCCACUCGGCGCCCUCAUGGCUAGAAUGAUGCCGACCAGCAGAGAUUACAUUCUCUCCAAGUAUAAGCUGCACCAGCUCAAGGCCAUUGAAGACUUUGUUGCGGAGGCUGUUGAGAUCAACGUGCCCUUUAAUAACCCGAUUACCGGGUUCUGCGCCUUUACACACAAGGCUGGCAUCCAUGCCAAGGCGAUUCUCAACUCCCCAUCCACCUACGAGAUUCUCAAGCCCGAUGACUUUGGUCUGUCAAGAUAUGUGCAUUUUACGUCUCGUCUCACUGGCUGGAAUGCCAUCAAGAGUCGAGUCGACCAGCUCGGUCUCGAAAUGACUGACGAUCAGGUCAAGGAGGUUACGGCCAAGAUUAAGCAGAUGGCGGACCUCAAGAUCAUGACCCUGGACGAGAGCGAUGCGCUGAUCAGAUCCUUCCACCUGGACCUACAGAAGGACGCAGCUCAGAGUGCCGAGGCUUGA